GUCCUUCAUAAGGAUCGACGGCGGGGAAGGGAUCGUCUUCAUCGUCUUUCUCGCUGCUCGAUCUCCAUCAAUGGACCUCUCCGAGCUUCAUGGCGCUCUCGCCUCCAAGUCUUACGAUAAGAUCGGCGAGCUCUGCGAUGAGCUUUUGAUUCAGGUUGCAUCGAGAGGAAUCGCCUUCCAGGAGGAGUGGCCUUAUGCGAUCCAUCUCAUCGGGCACAUCUAUGCUAACGAUUUGAAUAGUGCUAGGUUUUUGUGGAAAUCGAUUCCUGAGGGGAUUAAGAAGAGCCGGCCGGAGAUUAUGGCGGCUUGGAAGAUUGGGCAGUGUCUUUGGACUAGGGAUUAUGCCGGAGUAUAUGGCGCUGUGCGUGGGUUUGAAUGGAGUCCUGAAGCGGUGGCACUUGUCACUGCCUUUGCUGAGAAUUACACCAAUAAGAUGUUCAACCUAUUAGUUUCUGCGUAUUCAACGAUCUCUGUUGCUGAUGCGGCUCACUGCUUGGGCAUGUCCGAGAAUGAAGCAACCAACUAUGUAUUGCAACAUGGUUGGACUUUGGAUUCGUCGUCGGCGAUGUUGAUUGUGAAGAAGCCGAGUAUUACCAAAGAGCAGAAACUGGACUCUAGCAAAUUACAACGCUUGACAGAAUAUGUUUUCCAUUUAGAGCAUUAAACUGUUCUGUUCUUUUGUUUCUCUAUAACAAAUCUAUUGGGUUGGAUAAAAUACUUCCUCUGAUUACCAUGUUGACAUCCA